UCCAUCACUCUUCACUGUCACACACAGUUUGAGAGGCUUCGAUUUGAGUUCUCGAUCGGAAAAGGAGAACUACUCCCACACCCCAUCUCUAAUUUCUCUCUUAAACGCAGGACCACGCACACACAAGCACCAUUGACACCCUCAAACAACUCUGUCACUCGUUCUCUCAGCUCCUUGGACAGGGAGGAGUGGAGGACUACAAGUCGUAGUAGUCCAUUUCCUCUAGGGACGACAUUGCUGUUAAGGACCAGAAGAACCCCUUUCCUUUGUGGAGCUCAGGCAGAGACCAGGUUUCCCCAUAGGUUCAACGGUCUUGCAGGUAGACAUAUCAGCUGAGGAGCUGUUGAACCAAACAUGUUCAGGCAAUCACCAAGUAGGAAUCAGAGAUCCAAAGGGGGAUUCAAGGUUAAACACGCUGUCCAGAUAUGUCUAUUGCUUGCCGUUUGCAUUUGGUUGCUUUACCAAGUUAAACACUCCCACGAUAAGAAAAAGGAAUUUGAGAGCACUGCAAAAAUCUCAGAGGAGGUAGAAAGUGGGCGUGAAAUCAUUAAACUCGGAAGAAAGGACCUCAAUCCACAUGUUGAGGAAUCGGCUUCGGAGAUUCAGAGACAAAAUGAUGAAGAGACCGAAGAAGAAAACAAGGUUGAAGAAGAGGAUGAAAUCAAGCCCGAAGAAAUUGAAGAAGAAGGAAGAGGUGGUGGAGAUGAUGAGAUAGAUGAAAAUGAUCAAGAGAGAGAAGAAGAGGAAACUGAACAUGCUGAAGAUUCCAUUGAUGAAGAAGAGAAGGAUAGGGAAGAAAAAGAAAAUGAAAGGGAAGGGCAGAAUGAUGAUAACAGUUCAUCAGAGGAUCAGGAUCAUGAUGGAGGAGACAGGAUUACUCAGGAGGCACGAGAGGAAAAUUAUAAGGGUGAUGAUGCUUCCAGUGCCGUGGUCCGGGAUGCCCAAGAAAUUGAAGAUUCAGGGGGCUCAAACAUGGAAGUGCAGGUAGAGAAUGCGGGAAACACUGAGCCAGAGCAAGAAAAUAGAUCCAACAGUAUAGAGGAAGUCACUGCCAAUGAGAAUGAUUCAGGCCCAAAGAUGGGAGAAGGUGAAAAAGUGGUCGCUAACCCCUCUGCAAAUGCUACAGUGACAGAAGUUAAGAUGGGAGAAGAUGUAAAAGUUGAAUCUCACCUCUCUGCAAAUGCUUUAGCCACUGAAGGUAGGGGUACCAAUGUAACCUUGGCUCAAUCAGAGGAUGGUUCUACUUCUAAUUCAACAUUAACAACAGAAUCCAACAACCAAAUAGAGGUAAAUGAUAGCUUAACAGCAGAUAAUGCAAAAACUCCUAGUUCACCCCUGCAGAAUGGAACCGAGACAAUCACUGAUCCAACUCAACAUCAAAAUGCAUCAGAGGAAAGUGGAAGACCUACCGUAGGUGACAACUACUUGCAAACUGAUGUGUUGGAGCAGAUAAACUCCAACACAACAGAGAGAGAAGAGAAAUCAGAGACCAAUACGAACGUUGCCCUAAACACUGGGAAUUCAGAUGUAGCCAGUGGAGAACAAACCAAUGCUUCUGGUAGUUCUAGUUCUGUUGUUCCAGAUUUGCAGGCCAUGGAUGCUAAUGUUACUGCUGUUGCAGAAGAUGGAUCAUCAUCUUUGACCACAAAUGAGAAUGCUGAAAUGGUUCAGAGCGAGAAGUCCAAUAAAACUACUGGAAUGGAGGAAAAUAAGGAUGGCUCCACAUCUUCAAUGACGAAUGAGAAUGAGAAUGCAACUGUAAUUCAACAUGGCACCACUGAUUCUUCUGAUCCAUCCAUCCUCCAGGAGGUGAAAGAAGCUCGGACAGAUCUAGGAACCAUGCCAGAGACCAAAACUGAAGGGACGAAUCAUGAUGGUGUGGCAACUGAGUGACAAUAACAAUAAUAGCCCUUUUCUUUUUAUUAGCAAAUAUGUAAGUUUCUUGCUUGUUUCUGUUCUUGGAACAUCAAUCAAUGUUUCAGGAAGAUGGGUAGGUUGAGUUUGUCUAGAAUAGAUUGCAAUUGUAAAAAUUCGGUAGUGUCCUGAAAUCGCUGUUGCGGAAUGUUCAUGGGUUAUCUAAAUGCUGCAUAUAUUGGACCUCAUGCUCCCAGGUAGUUGGGAUGAGUCCUUGUGAUUUAUCCCUUUCAUUUUAUUCCCUUGUCUGUGACCAGAUAUACCUAUUGAACAGCGACGCAUUAUGCAUAUCUGUACUUUUUCUUC